AUGACAACCCACGCACUCCUGAAGGCAAUGAAGGACAACAAGCCUGCAUUCGGCAUAUGGAUUAACUUGCCUGGCGUGUUCAAUGCACGUGCGGUCGCGCGGGCCAGCCCACACCUCUCGUGGGUGUUGAUAGAUUGCGAGCACGGUCUAACAUCGCUCCUCCCCGAUGCUGCAGAGUCUAUCCAAGCCAUCGUCGGUCUUGGGCCCCACGCGCCGAGUCCGCUCGUGAGAAUUGCAGCCGCAGGAUCCGACAAAAGUAUAUCGUGGCAAAUUAAAUACGCCCUUGAUGCAGGCGCGCGGGGCGUGCUUGUUCCUAAGGUCUCCACUGCUGAGCAGGCGAGAGCAAUCGUGGCAGAUAGCCGCUUCCCUCCGGAAGGUCGUCGCGGCUUUGGAAGUCCAUUCACUCAUGGCGUCUGGGGCAUCACUUCCACGGAGUACAUCAAAUCUUCAAAUGAUAAUAUAGUUAUUAUGAUACAAAUCGAAACAAAGGAAGGAGUGCAAAAUGUUGACGCCCUCGCUGCCGUGGAUGGCAUUGAUUGCUUGCUCAUUGGUCCUUGGGAUCUUUCGCUGAGCUUGGGAUACCCCCCUCCUUCUCCCGAUCCGCACCCUGACGUGGAGAUUGCCAUCCAAAAUAUCCUCAAAGCCACACACAAGGAAGGAAAGAAAUGCGCAAUUUACUGCACCUCAGGAAAGCAGUCCCUUAAACGUGCGGAAGAAGGCUUCGACAUAAUUAGUGUCACUACUGAUAUUGGCGCAUUGGUCGAGUCAGUGGCAGCAAACAUCGCCACCGCAGUAGGCGGAGAAUCUUGA